GAGACACACACACAAUUACAUAAAUGAGAAAAUAACCAAAAUCGCGUUGUUGCAUUGAUCGUCCAAUUUGUAUCCCGCUAAUUCGAACCUCCGCUUAAGUUCUCUGCAAUCGUCGUAGACACAACGCAGCAAACGAAGAACAUUCAGUAAUUCAGGUAUUAAGACGAUCGAGACAUUGGUGCUGUGACCAGGAUGGACGAAUUGCAACGCGCCAAGGUAACAAGACGGGCUCAACGCUCACAAGCUACUAAAUUAUGGAACAAAGCGCUAUCGCUCAUGGAGGAGGAUAUGAACGAAGUGAAGACUCAAAAACUACAGGCUGUAUUGGAAACGUACGACGCAAAAAUCGAACAGUUACGCAAGUUAGACGAAACAGUAUACUGUAAAAUUGAUUAAGAGAAAAACCUAGAGGCAGAAAUCGCAGAAGCUGACGACUAUUUAAAUGAGCUAAUGGAAAAGAGGUACCGCAUACAAUUUCAUAUUAAGUCUAGUCAAAGUAAAGUCCAAAAUAACGCAUCUCCUAGCCACAACCACGAAUCCCCCGUUCAAAGUACACCGCAAUUAGGAAAUUCGAACAGUCAUAGAUUACCGAAGUUAACGCUACCGAUAUUUACGGGAAACCCGCUAAAAUGGCAAACAUUCUGGGACACAUAUAAAACCGCGAUACACAACAAUAUUAGUUUGGGUGAUAUCCAGAAAUUCACAUAUCUCAAAGCUCAAUUGUCCGGCGAAGCUGCCAGUUCAAUCGAAGGCCUCCCUCUAUCGGAGUCGAAUUACGCGCAGUCUAUCCAAAUUUUAGAAGAGAGAUUUGGCCAACCGCACAAGAUAGUUAACGCACACAUGCAAGCGUUACUAGAUCUUCCCACCCCAUCUGAUUCUGUGACCCAUCUGCGUAAAUUUUACGAUAGCAUGGAAAACCAUAUUCGCGGUCUCGAAGCAUUAGACAAGAAACCGGAUACAUACGGUGACCUAUUGACACCUAUUAUUUUGGCUAAAUUACCAACAACAAUAAAACACAACUUAAUUCGCGAAAAUGGGACAACCAAAUGGGACAUCGAACAAUUGCGCAGAGCUAUUUUAAAGGAAAUCCAAAUAUUAGAGGCUGGGGAAGAGACAGAAAUUUUCGAGCAUACCAAACGACCUGUCAACACUCCUCCGUCUACGUCAUCGUUACUUACGAAUACCUUUCCAAUUAAAGAACGGGAUUUCAAAAACCCCAAAGCCGGCAAUCAUGCAAAGCCACGAUUAUGCGUUUUUUGCUCUGGUCAUCACCGUCCUCACGAGUGCAAUGUGAUUCGAGAUCCCGCAACACGUAAGAAAAUUGUCCACCAGUCAAAUUUGUGUUUUAACUGUUUAAACAAUCACCGAGUAUCCAAAUGUAACUCAAAAAACCGCUGUAGGGGGUGUCAUCAAAAACACCACACAAGUCUUUGUCAAGAAAUAGAUAAUAAACAUCCAAAACGUCAAGAGCAAAACGGAGAUACGGAACAAUCAAAACCGGAAGAGCGACAACCGCAAAAUCAAAACACGCCAAAUGUGAACACGCAAGUUCAAAACACAAAUGCCACCCUUGCUAACAUCGAAAUUCCUGACCAAGCCAAUAAAACCAAACCCGUAACUGGGUUCCACACCACUUUGUCCAACAAUAAUUACUACGGGAAACAAACACUUCUAAAAACAGCAAUAAACUCAGUAGAAUCGUCUUCAAGCUCAGCGACAGCCCACAUUCUCUUCGACGAAGGGGCCCAGCGCUCAUUUAUUACGCAAGAAUUAGCCGACAAACUAGACCUCGCACCUGAACACAGCGAAACACUUAAUCUUUCCGUUUUCGGUGGGUCCACCACUUCCGUAAAACAAGUUGAUGUCGCUACGAUAUACCUCCGCUCAGACAAUGGUGACAAAAUUCCCGUUCAAGUAAUAAUUAUUCCGACGAUCGCUGCACCUCAGAAAAGUCUUCUCACUACGGAUAUACGAAAUCUCCCUUAUCUCAGUGGUUUAAAGCUAGCCCGCCCAAUGAAUUCCGAUGAACAGUUCCAGAUUUCCCUACUUAUUGGUGCAGAUCACUACUGGGACAUUGUGGAAAAUAAAAUUAUCAGAGGACCGGGUCCAACCGCAGCAAAAUCUAAAAUUGGCUAUUUGCUUUCUGGUCCAAUUGCGAACACGACACCAACGUCAUCGUAUCUUAAUGCAAGUAUCUUGAAAGUGAUUGUAUCAACCGAGCCCGACAACAAAGCGUUAGAACGAUUCUGGAACUUAGAAUCAAUCGGUAUUCUUCCCAACGAAACUCAAACGAAUGAUAGUAACUUUGUUAAAGGAUCCCCAGGAUCCCAGGAUCCCCAGAUGUUAAACACCUACGACGAAAUAAUCAACGAACAAUUACAGCGAGGCUUCAUUGAAAAGGUCACCACGCUGUACUAAAGGAUUCCUCCACUACUCCGCUCCGUAUUGUGUACGACUGUAGCUGCCGCACCAACGUUGAUCAACCAAGCCUAAAUUCCUGCCUUUCUACUGGCCCAGAUAUUCUCAACGACCUAACUGCCAUCCUCGUCCGUUUCCGC